UUUGUAUGUGAAUUUUUUUUCUCUUUUUGUAAAUCCAAUUAAGGCCAUUGUUCUGGAAAUUGAAUUCUUUAUAUGAAUUUUUUUUAUUGGCUUGUGUAUUGAACCAAGAUUUAAUCCAUUGGCUUUCCUGAUUGUUUAAUUAAUUAACCUUACCUUUUUAAAUGCUUCUGUUAACUAGGGGAUUUGAUUAUUAUUUUUAUUUAUUUAUUACAUUUGUCUUCAGAAAGAAGAGAGGCCAAAACUCAUCUUAGAGUAAGCUCGAAGGAUGUGAAGAUUGUAGAUAAAGUAAUAGGAUAUUUGAUUGAGUUCAUUAUUGUUACGUUUUUUUUUUUUUUUUGAGAUGUUUAUAAGCUAUAUUUUGUUGAUAUGUCUAUUUUCUUUCAGCAUCUCUGCCCAUGGAAUGCUAAUUUUUUGUGUGAUUGUUUUAUCUAUCCUUAUUCCUCUUCACGAAGUAAUUUUCUGUGCUUUUCAUCCAUUAAUUAUUCAGAGCUAUUUAGUAUUAUGAUUUCUACAAUCCUUUUAUGCCUCAAAAUAUUCUUGUGACAACUUUUUUUUCUUUUCUAUGACACUGCAUAUUGCCCUUCAUUGACCCUUUGAAUCAUGGACUAUUCUGUUGUCUAAGCCUCUAAUAACCUUUAUGGUUCAAUUCUAUUACUUUAUUCAAUUUAUUCUAUAAUACUAGAACACUGUCAUAUUUCUAUAUAAAUAUAGAUAUGUAGAAGUUAGUAGUUUACAUGAUAAGUGUUAAGAUGUAGAAAUUUGUUGUAAGCAGGGAAAUACUGAGAGACCGGAAGUGCGUGUAGUCACAUGGAACAAUGAUGAGCGUGCAACAGAUGCACUACCUGCCCAUGGCUUUGAGCACUACAAGGCAAAGGACUAUACCCUUGCUCAUGCUCCAUUCUCAGGUAGCAGCUAUGCAGGUGGGCAGUGGGCUGCUGGUGGUGAGCCAUUAUACUAUAUUGUAUCCCCACAGGAUGUAGUUAUUGCAAAACCUAGGUGGGGACUAGCUAUCUUGAUCAUUUGAUUGUGGACAGGAAAUAUACUGAAGCCGCAUCACUAUGUCCCAAAUUGUUGCGAGGAUCGACUUCUGCAUGGGAGAGCUUCCUGUAUUGGUUCCAUACAUACCAACUGAAAACCCAAGGUUACGUGAUACUGCUUAUGAGGUAGCUCUUGUUGCUUUGACAACAAAUCCAUCUUUUCACAAGGAUCUCUUGUCAAUUGUCAAAUCUUGGCCGCCUAUAAUUUAUUAUGCCUUGCCUGUUAUCUCAGCCAUAGAACCUCAGCUUAAUACUUCAUCCAUGACUGAUGCACUAGGAGAGGCACUAGCAGAGUUGUAUGUAAUUGAUGGACAGUACGAGAAAGCUUUUGCACUAUAUGCUGAUGUUGUCCAACUGAUGAUGAUAGAUUGCAAACUUGCAGUACCAUUGUUGACCCAGCACAGAGACUUAAUCACUGCAUCUGAAGUUGUUUCACAACUUUUGGCUGCGGGGAAUAAGUGUGAUUCCAGAUACUUUUUACAUCUGUAUCUGCAUUCGCUAUUUGAAGCUAACCCGCAUGGUAGAAGGGAUUUCCAUGAUAUCCAGGCAUGCAGAAAGAGAAUUAAAUUCAUAUUAGAAAAUGCUUUCACACUAGAGUUGGUCUUGUUCUUAACUUUUGAAGUGAUGGGGAGAUUGAAUCAGAAGAGGCUCAUGGGAUGAAAAUUGAUGUGCACAAAUAAAAAGAAUUGCAUAAUUAUGACGCCCCAAAUUUUGAUAAUAUAAUACAACGAUGCACCGGGGUUUU